AUGCAGAGGGAUUCCACGGAGAAGACAGCGCUGGCCGUGGCCGCUACAGCCGCCGUCGAUCUGACCAACCUGUUCUUCCUCCUCCGCGGCGACACCGACACCGACACCGAGCGGCAGCGGCGCUGGGGCUGGACCGGAGGAAUCUCCGUGCUGUUGGCGUUCGCGGCUCUCCUGUCCGCCGCCGGCCUCGUGCUCGUUCUCCUCCAUACCACGGUCGUCGUCUCCGCAGCGCGCCGGCGGGUCCUCUUGGUGGCUUCCGCGGCGGCGCUGUUCGUGGCAUCGGCCGGCACGGUCCUCCUCGCCCUGCUGGACGCCCAAGGGUUGCCCGAUGAGCUGUAUCCUGUAGCACACACCUUUUUUUUUAGCACUAUAGCACACACCUGGUGA